CAACAUUAUUGUAGAUCAAUUAAUGAUUAGAUUAUAACAUUUUAUAAUCGUAUCAGAUUUAUAAAAGAUUGUGAAGCACUCGAAUAUUAUUAAAUAAGUAAACGAUAGUACACUGAGCAGUUAAUUUUUUUUUUUUUUUGAGUGUCCAAUAUGGAAUUGAAAUUAUUUUUUUUAUUUAGCUUAGUUUUUAUUAUAACAGUAAAUGCUCAAGUUCGUAUGGUAUACGAUAGAAAUGAUGUUUUUGAUCGUAAGUUGUACGAAGAAGUGUUGGACCGCGGAGAGUGUUUGAAACAAAUGAGAUAUAUUGUGACAGAAGAUCCUUUGUUAUGGGCUCGAUUUUUAGAUGCGGGUUUCAGAAUGCCACGAAGUUUACAAAAAGGAAACUUAAACGAUUUGGGUAGUUACUACGAAUGUUUGGGUAUAAAUGAAAAUGUACGAGAUAUGAGUAUAGAAGGUAAAUAUUGUACGGCGAAGAUACCGGUGAAUAGAUUUUUCAAUUUGACUAGUUUGCCGAUACAGUCGGAACUUCGAGAAGUACUAUGGCCAGAGUUCAAUCCGAUGAUGUUUAAUAUUGAUGAUAGUACCUACAAUGAUCUGAUAAAGCAAAUGAGUAUAAAGAAACAACUUCAAGGAUUAAUUGGGACAACACCAGAAGACAAUAACAUAUCGAGAGACGAUGAUUCUAUAUUAGGUUAUGAGAUCAGUAUACGACUGGCAGUGUGUCUUCCAAAACCCUGUUCUUUACAAAAUGUAUUAGAAACUGUAUCAAAUAUAAGUGGUUUGCAAAUUCAAGAAGAUUAUUGCAGGCUUCCAAAUGAUAAACCAUGGGCUGCUGCAGAUUAUGUGGCUUUAGUUACAUUUACUUUACUUGGUAUUCUAAUGCUCAUAAGCACUACUUAUGAUAUACGACACCGUAUAUUCUUAAAAAAAGAUCCAAAAUUGGCCAAUAAGCUGUACUUGUCCUUUUCCGUCUACACCAACACACUACGACUGGUGACCUACACACCAGUACCAGGAGCUCUGGAAUGCUUGGAUGGUAUCAGGGCAAUUGCAAUGCUUUGGGUUAUAAUUGGACAUACAUAUCAAAUGUUUGUAACAGCGCCUACGAUGCACAAUCCUUUAGAUCUUUUAUACUUUCUACGAUCCUUUUGGUCUUUGUGGAUAACGGCUGCCCCCAUUACUGUUGACACUUUCUUCAUGCUUAGUGGACUUCUGUUAAUUUAUACUAUAGCAGGCAAAACAACAAGGUCAACACUCCUGAAGAACCUGCACCUGUUCUACUUGAGUCGAUAUCUUCGACUAUUCCCUGUAUUGGCCGCCAGUAUUCUCCUUCAAGCGUCGCUGUUCUAUCGGGUGACAGACGGGCCCGUGUGGGAAUCAGUUGCGCAACAAACAUACCAAUGCAGAAAGUAUUGGUGGUCAACAUUAUUGUACAUACAGAACUAUUACAACCCUCGCUUCACUUGUAUUCCAAAUACAUGGUAUCUGGCAGUAGAUUUCCAACUCUUCUUGAUAUCUCCUAUUAUUCUCGUCGGAGUCAUUGGUACAACCAAGAGAACAGCUUGGAUCACAUUAACUACUGCACUACUAGCUAGUAUUACAGGAUCUAGCAUUUUUAACUUUAUAAUGAGAUUUACAGCUGCUAAUUUUGUUGUUGGCUCAACAAGAGAGGAUCGACCGGAUUAUUUUACUUUGUACUACGUAAACACAUUGCCAAGGGCAUCGCCCUUCUUCGUGGGCAUGAUAUUUGGAUAUAUUCUAUAUCUUUGCCGUGGAAAAGAAAUAAUUAUGUCAAAAAUACAAAUUACCUUCUUAUGGUUUUUGACUAUAGUUGUGUCAUCUGGAAUAAUUUGUAGUCAUUAUAUAGUUUUACGACCAGACUGGGACAACUGGAUAGUAGAUGCCUUAAUCAAUUCCUAUAUGAGGCCACUUUGGGCUUUGUCUAUUUGCUGGAUGAUCUUCGCCUGUACGCAUGGAUAUGGAGGUCCAAUUAACUGGAUCCUGUCACAUCCUAUGUGGAAGAUAUUGGCAAGAUUAUCAUACACCAUGUAUGUAUUCCAUUAUCCACUUAUGUUUGUUGUCAAUGGAUCCUUAGUAACUCCGCUUUACUUCAGCGAUGAAUUCGCAAUACACAAGGCAAUGACUGAUUUCGUGAUAGCAGUUUUGGCUGCGUAUAUAAUCACAUUGUUUGUAGACGCGCCCUGCUCUGUGUUGAUUAAACAUUUCUUGGGAGGUUUCAUCAAGCAAGCACCGAAAAAACCCUUGGAUAAUGCUGCUGAUACCUCAGAAGUGAAAAAUAAAAAUGAAUCAGCAUAAAAUUAAUAAAUAAUUAGACCGUUACCGCCGCCUAGUCUUAAUCUAAGAACCUGUAUUAUAAUUAUUAAAUAUAAGAUAUUCUAUAAAUAAAUAAACUUUUUUUUAUA